AUGACGAAGGCUGUGAACUUAUUAUUGGAUGAAUUCAAGAAAAGGUUUGGGAAAUACCCGGAAGUUGCUCAGUUCGACGAGGGAAAGGAAUUCUACAAUGUUGGUGUUAGGAACCUCUUACAAAAACACAACGUCCGCUAUUUUUCCACGAACUCUGACAGAAAGGCAGCUAUCGUUGAAAGAUUUAACAGAACCUUGAAAACAAUGAUGUGGAAGUAUUUCUACAGCAAAGGAACUUACAACUGGGUCGAUGCCAUAGACGAGCUUACGUAUAACUACAAUCAUACGAAGCACAGCAGUAUACUAAUGAGACCCGCUGAC